GAACUAUGCAUUAUCUUUUUGAUUUAGGCAAUUAUAAAUGUUUGUUAUUCCUAUACUACCCGCUGCAAACAAGUCUGCUACAUACUAAUGCACAAAAUAUGGGAAGCAGUGCUGAGCUGUAUUAAGAUGCUAAUAAAAUCCCUUCCACUUUUAUGUCCCAGAAUACCAUUUCCACUUUGCUUCUCAUUCUAGGUAUUUCGUUUGUUACCAGAGGACUAGGCCAUUAAUCUUGUGUUCCUUUUUUGCAGCCCAAGAACUCCCUUCAGGGAAUGUCUCUGUUCCAUCAGCAGGUCUCCAUGUUUCUCUCUCAAACAUCUCUAUUGGAUGUUAUCUGGUGGAAAGCACAACUGGACAGUCACAUGCAGAAUCAGUCAUACCCCUUCCUUCCUGAGAUUCCUCCCAUCCACUUCAGCCACUUUGCUACCCUUAACUCAGACUCCAUGGCGCUGGAGAAGGCCUUUGCGUUGCCAGCUGGGUUUUACUGGCAGACCGUAGAGACGGAUGAAAAAUACUUCCCCAGCAGCAGUGAUAUCAGGGAGAGCAGCAACAUGGAUAGUGAGGUUGCCAUGGCGCUGCUGUUUGAGACCCUGCUCAGAAGCCCCCUGGCUGUCCAUCACACACUCCAGCUGAUUCUUGCCUCUGGUUUGGAUAUCUGUGGAUUCCGCCUGCUCUACCCGCAGCCGGACAUGUUCUUCUCUAGCACAGUAACGCCACCUUCUUGUUAUACCCAAGAGAAAGGGCCCUCUGUGCUAGCACUGAGCCUGAGAGGGCCAAGAGCCCGUGGCAUCCUGCAAGAUAUCAUGGGCCCCUCUGAUGUGCAGCUGGCCAGAGUUACGGACUGCCGCUCGAUCAGCGCAAUCUAUGGUUCAAGCCGAUCUGAGCCCCUUGCCUACCUCCCUCACAUGGACAGCCGAGUACACAGGGAGCUGUGUUUCUGGUUUGGAGGGAGGGUGAGCUGUGACGGGACACUUCACGGUGGAGUUCCAAAUCCUGUUGGCGAAUGCAGCAAACCAAGACUUCCUAGGCCUUCACUCCACAAGGCAGAUGCUGACCAAGAACCAAGCAACUUGCAGGACGCUACAGCCUUAUGGCCUCCAGCGGCUCUUGUCUCCACCACCAAAGGAGACAUUAUUUUGGUGGCAUCUCCUGCUGUGCCUCCUCACAUCUACGGCCUUGUGAUUUCAACCUGCACCCAGAGAGGAUUUGCACUCCAGGGGACCAAACAGCUGCAGCUGUCGCCCAAGCAAGCUCACGUGCUCGGUGUGCCAGCAAGCCAGGUAACUGUAUUUUGCCCUAGCAUGGCUUCAUGUAUACCAGAGAGGAGUCUCUUGGAGGAUAAACUCCCCAGCCAAACACGUUUGCACUGCCUGGCUUUGUUGUUGAGAAAGGAAAAUGCCAGCCAUCAUGUCUCUGCGUUGCUCAAAGGGCUUAUGAGUGCAUUGGCAGAGAAAGGUUUCUUGGAGGACAUUCAAAGCAGUUUGCACUCCCAUGCUGAACUAGAACCCAGUCUGUGUUUUCAUGCGGUUCCUUAUACCGACAGUUUGCUGCAGGAACUGGGUGGCAAUUUUAGUGUUGUGCCAGAUCCCUCGAACAUUCCCCUGGAGGUUUUGCACAGUCGGAUGUAUGCCUCUGAGCCUGAAAUGGAACAAGUGGUCCUGUUGACCUUCACUGGAAAGGAAGCCAUGAAAAGCGCAGGCAGCGUCCUUCACCAAAUCCUUGCACUAGGCUACAGGAAGCAGCAUGCUCAGACUCCAGUGUUGGAAGACUUGGACCUGCCAUUUGAGCUUCUCACUCUUAAGUGGUUGCCCUGCCUCACUCGGAUACAGGCUAAGGAAACCACACCCUUCGAAGUGGGAGACAAACGCUGGCAAACAAGUAUUGAUGCGCUCAUGAGCAGCCCUGCCCUCAUCUGUGUGCUGCGAAGGAUUGGUGCCUUUGUGGUCCUUGCCGACAUCCUGAAAACACUAACUCCGCACAACAGCAAAGUGAGCUCUGGCUCCGGCUCUCUUUCGAGAGUGAUGUCAUCAACCCCAGAGACGGCCUUCAGGCAGGCAGCGCUCUUCUUCACCGAGAAGGAUUUUGUAGGCGAUCCCAAACGUCGACCUGCCCUGAAGUACUUGCCACCUCCCCCACAGCACCCCCAGUCUGAAGGUAAGACUUGACCUUGCAUCCACUUCU